UCAUUCAUUGGUUAGAUUGUAUUAAUGAUCAGGGGUUCCAAACUGUGAUAAAGUUUCAAUUUUUUUUUUAAUUUAUUAACAAUUGUAAUUCAAAUUUCAAAUGAGAAAAAUGUGGUUCUCAACAACACCAAAUUUUGUCAUCAUCUUUAUUAUUUUAAUAUGUUUUAUUCUGGUCACUUUUGCUGGGCGUGAUUUUUAUAACAUACUCGGAGUGUCCAGAAAUGCAAAUAUUAAUCAGAUAAAAAAAGCCUAUCGUAAACUUGCCAAAGAAUUACAUCCAGAUAAGAAUAAAGAUGAUCCAGAUUCAACGAGAAAAUUUCAAGAUUUAGGAGCCGCAUAUGAAGUUUUAUCUGAUUCUGAUAAACGUAAAACAUAUGAUCGAUAUGGUGAAGAAGGUUUGAAACAGGAUUCAUUCAGUGGUAGUGAUCCAUUCUCAAGUUUUUUCGGUGAUUUUGGUUUCUUUGAUUUUGGUGGCGGUUCUCGACACGGUGAACAACGUGAAAUACCUAAAGGUGCUGAUGUUAUAAUGGAUCUAUGGGUCACGUUAGAAGAAUUAUAUUCAGGAAAUUUUGUUGAAUUGAUUCGAAAUAAAGUUGUAUAUAAACCAGCUUCGGGUACUAGAAAAUGUAAUUGUCGACAAGAAAUGGUCACUAGGCAGCUAGGUCCAGGACGUUUUCAAAUGAUGCAACAACAAGUUUGUGAUGAAUGUCCAAAUGUUAAAUUAGUGAAUGAAGAAAAAAUGUUGGAAGUAGAAAUCGAAGCUGGAAUGGAAGAUGGUCAAGAACAACGUUUCAUUGCUGAAGGUGAACCACAUGUGGAUGGAGAACCAGGUGAUUUGCGGCUAAAAAUACGUACAUCACCACAUCCAGUGUUUGAACGUCGUGGUGAUGAUCUUUAUACGAAUGUCACUAUUUCAUUGGUCGAUUCAUUGGUUGGAUUUCAGAUGAACAUCACACAUCUGGAUGGACAUCAAGUUCAUAUUAGUCGUGAUAAAAUCACUUGGCCUGGUGCAAGAAUGCGUAAAACUGGUGAAGGAAUGCCAAACUAUGAAAAUAAUAAUCUCCACGGAAUCUUGUACAUUACAUUCGAUGUAGAAUUUCCAAAAGGUGAACAAUUAAGCGAAGAAAAACGUGCACAAAUCAAAGAAAUAUUCAAAAGUGAAUCCAAAGCUCAUGCCUAUAAUGGUCUUCGUGGUUAUUGAUUAUUAUCCGGUCUAACAAUAGCAACAACAACAACAACAACAAAAAUAUACUCCGCAUGGUAAAAUGAUGCGAUUUCUGGAUAUAUAGCCAUUAUUAUUAUUUCUACAUUUUAUUUUUGAUUGAUUGAAUUUUUUUUAGGAUGUAAAUAAAAUGUUUUUUUUC